UCAUAGUUGCACUUUAUUAAUACCUACUUGCUUGUUCAUGAUUGAAGCUGUAUAGCGGUGUCUUUAUGAAUACUUUUUGUGUCUUUCUACAAAGAUCCUUGGUAGCAAACAUACAUUUAUCAAUAAUAAGGUAAUAUAGAAGGAAUUCCUCCCUCUUGGUUGAGUUUUGCCUGAAGCUUUCUUCUCAGGUAUGUGCUGUAGCAUGUAUGUACUAUUCUUUCACUAAUAAACUCAAAAUUAUUGUUUCACUUACCAUUGCUCAGAACUCUUUCGGACAUUAUUUAUUGAUUUUUAUUCAGAUGAUGGCGUCAUCAGCAUGGGGCCUGUGCUUCCCGCGGGAACUGUGCGUGACUGGAAUGAGCGUUUUCUUCAGCUAUCUUUUAAACAAGUGGAUUGAAGCUCGCCAGAAGAAAGGGGUUGUGCCAGAGGCAGGAGCUGCAAAAGUUUCUGCAAAGCAACCAAUGGAGCAGACAGUGGGGAGCUUUGUGCAGGUGGGUGCAAAACAUCCAGCAGAGUGUCCCACAAAGCAGCUCAAGAAACUGCGAGUAGGGCAGCCAACAGGGCCGGUGGAGAUUCCACUGGAAGAGACUACAGAGCAGCCAUCAGGGGACAUUGAGAUGAAGUCACCGUCUCGGGAUUCUUUAAUCUGCACUAGUCCCUGCAGCAGUGGUGACCUUGUCAUUGAUGAAGGAUUGAUAGCAUCUCCUUCCCCAGCACCCACUUCUGUGGCUGCUUCUGACAGCGCUGCACAGGCUGAUACUGCAGGUUUGCCUUGUCCUGAAGGAGACCAGGGGUACGACCUGUGGGAGCUGACACCAGGUGGGAAACGUGUGUUGCUGCGACACCAGGCUUGGAAUGAUAGUGAUGGCCAGCUGUGCAUGGUGACGGUCAAGCCUGAGUACCAGUCGUUGCUAGGGGCAGAGGUACUCAGUACACAAGAGCAGGUUCAACAGAUGGCACGCCUGGCAUUUUUUUCACGAUUGUUGAGAG